UGGCGCCUGCAGGUUGACCAACAAGCGUCAAGUGAUGGCGUUUCGUGAUUGACGUUCUUAAAUAGUGAAGGAAAUCUAAGAAUAUUUUUCAGUUUUUGUUGUAAAUUUAAUAUGAGUAAUCGUAAUCUUUAUUACGAUUACGGGAACGCAAUAUCAUGUUGACAUGAAACAUUCGGUUGUCAACAAUGGUUAAAACACGAUCUUCAGCGAGGGUAGGAAACGCUGCCCAGAGUGCCCCUGCCGAAAAUGGAGAUGCGCGUCUAAAAACAUUUGACAUCAGGCCACGGCCACAAAAGGGCACCACCUCUAGGAACAGCCAGGCGCUGCCAUCUGGCGGGUCGCAGGGGAACGACCCGCUAGCGCCCGCGAUCCCAAACUCGCGAAAUAUGUAUCACCCUGCCGUCAGCGGGUACAACACAAACCCACAGGAUUCACGAGCGCAGAGUAUGCCGGUUACGGGUCGCCAGAACCCCAUGUACGGCAGCGGCAUGUACCACGGCUACAGCAGCAGCGGUGCCACGCUGGCCCCCAUGCCGUCCCCCUCGCCCACCACGCCGCUGCCACCAUUCCCGGUACACCCCGAUGUUAAGUUUAAAAAGCUACCGUUCUACGAUGUGCUGGCGGAGCUGAUGAAGCCGUCGACGAUGAUGCCGAUGCAGGCGGGCCGCAUGCAGGAGGGCACCUUCAUAUUCCACCUCACGCCGCAGCAGGCCACCGAGAUCGCGUGCGGGAAGGACAUUGUUGGCACUAGUAAUAAGCUCGACUAUGUUAUACAGGCACAAUUACGAUUUUGUCUGUUAGAAACAUCAUGUGAACAAGAAGAUUACUUCCCACCUAGCGUUAAUGUUAAAGUUAAUAAUAAGAUGUGUCCCUUACCAAAUCCAAUACCAACUAAUAAACCAACACCAGAGCCAAAGCGACCGCCGCGACCAGUCAACAUCUCGUCCCUAGUGAAACUGUCACCCACAGUAGCAAACACGAUACACGUGACGUGGGCGGCGGACUUCACACGGGCUUAUGUUUUGAGCGUGUUCAUGGUCAAGAAGCUUACCUCUGCAGAACUGUUGGUCAGACUGAAGGCGAAGGGAACCAAGAAUCCGGACUAUACUAGAUCAUUAAUUAAAGAGAAACUGUCCGAAGACUACGACAGUGAGAUAGCCACAACGUCGCUGCGUGUGUCGCUAAUGUGUCCGCUGGGCAAGAUGCGCAUGUCGUGUCCGUGUCGGCCGGCCGCGUGUCCUCACCUGCAGUGCUUCGACGCGUCGCUGUUCCUGCAGAUGAACGAGCGGAAACCCACGUGGCUGUGUCCCGUUUGCGACCGGCCUGCGCCCUACGACUCUCUUGUUGUGGACGGGUACUUCCAAGAGGUGCUGACGUCGCCGCGGCUGGCGAGCGAGUGCAACGAGAUCCAGCUGCACGCGGACGGCAACUGGUCGGCGCACGCGCCGCCCGCGCGCGCGCCGCAGCCGCAGCCCGCCGCCGAGCCGGCCGUCACGCUCAUAUCCGACGACCUGGAAGUGAUACCAGUGGAAGGGAACAACGCCAAACGCGCGGCGGUCGGCGACGGGCGCACGCCCAAGGCUGUGGAGACCCUGGUGGACCUCACGUCUGACUCCGAGGAUGAACUGCCGCUCAAGAGGAAGGUGACCCAGCCCAAGAGCACGCCCCCCGAUAUGGACAUGCCCACAAAAACGGAAGACAGUUAUAAUUCCUCAAAUGCAGAGGCGGUGUCGUCAAGCGGCUACCGGUCGCCGGGCGGCGGCGCGGUCAUCUCGCUGGACAGCCCGUCCCCGCCCGCGCCCGCCUCGCCGCAGCCGUCGCACGCGCCCGCGCACACGCAUGACGCCGCCUCGCCGCGCUCCACCACUGAACACUGCACAAGUAAUAACACAGACCGAGAGGAGAACGAGCCAGUGUCGUCGCCUUGGACACCCUACGCAGACGUGGAGCGGGACAGUCACGACUCGUAUCGAAGGUACUGACUAAGGGAGAAGAGUGGCCGCCCUUCCUACACCAGCAGCCAUUCUUCUGAUGAGGAGCAAGAGCCCUCCUAUCCUGAAGUACCACUUCUGCAGCCUUAAGUGAUUGGCUGUUAAUUUGGAGAACUAUAAGUGACGUAACAUUAAGGCAGUGUAGUGACACAAUUAUUAUUAGUUUUAACUGCAGAAUAAUAUACUCAGAGGCACAAUUAUCCGCCCACUUUAAUUUUCUCGCGUCAUAGUAUAUUUGCGGCGGAUAUUUUGCCUCUGAGUAUAGUUAGAUUCCUAAUUGUCCCCCAAACCAACGCAGCGUCUAUUUGAAAAAUACUGGCCAAGUACGUGUCGGGCCAUGCGUGGUGUAGGGUUCCGCAGAGUUUACGUUACCAAUGCCGAUUUAGAACAGAGGUUAUUAUUUGGCAGGCUACAACUUUUAAAUUAGCACUUUAAACCGUAAUUUUAUUUUAAGCGGCUAAAGUUUCUUUUUGUCACACAACAAAAAGAGAUAAGUGCACUAGAUCUCUAAAUCGAAAGAUGUUAACAAGUAUAAAAAUUCGCCUCCAUUUUACAUGAAUAAAAAUAUUAUUUUAUAGAUUUUAUUAAAAGGACACUGAUGGUGUGCUUACUUUACAAAUGUAUGUACUCAUGUAAAGUAUUAAUAGUCUCUGAGCUAAACCACAGAGGAACAGACGGACUUGGCAAAACUUGUUGACUGUGGAACCCUAAAAAUCAAGUUUGCACUUGAAAUAAUAAUUGUGUACAAAAGUACCUAUUUAAAACAGUCACUAGCAAACAUUCUCAUUUUAAAAAGUAUCCACCAAUUUGUGUUGUUUUUGAAAAAUUGUCCAUGUGCUGGUUGUCGUUUAUUGGAAAAAAAUAACAUUAUUUUUGAACAUAAUAUGAGAUCCGCUUAUAUAAAGUAGAGUCCACAUUUAUGUCGGUCACUCGUUGUAAUAUUACAAUAUUACGGUAGACCGUAUCUUGCUUUGUAUCAUGGUUAUGUAUCCCAAUUUAAUUGUUAAUAGAAUAUCAAGUUUGUAGCAUAAUAAAUAAAAGUCUUACAUACAAACUUGAAUGAAGGAAUGAAAAACACAAUGGAAAUUGUGAGAGCCUCUAGACCUCUUUAAUCCGGCCCUAUCGAAAAUCCAUUAUUAGCAGAUACCUACUAACUAUAAACUACCUCCCUGCAAAAUUUCAUCUUUGUACGUCAAGCGGUUUUCGAGAUUUCGUGAGAAUGACCUUUCGCAUUUAUAUAUUAAGAAGACUAACCGACGAACGAACAUUAUUUUCCCCGUUUUGGCCACAUUUUUGAUCGGUGCUUUGCUCUUAUUGGUCGUAGCGCGAUGUUAUGUAGCUUAUAGCCUUCCUCGAUAAAUGGGCUUUGCAACACAAAAAGAUUUUUUCAAUUCUUACCAUUAGUUCGUCAGUAGGUAAGGCAGAAGUACGAAAUUGACUAACGGGCGAGCAAAUGUUGUAUGAUGACGUCACGGCGUUAAACGCGAGCUGAUCACCGCGCGCUCACUUUAAAAUUCUAUAUCUCGGGAAUUGAAUACAUAUCGAAAUAAUUCUAUCAUGAAUAUUUUUUGUUUUCAACGGAGAAUACAGAAAGCUAACAUUUAAAAAUAGUUAACAUUAUUCAUUAUAAUACAUGUCAACAAUACGAAUACCUCGAUUGGAUCGGACGAAUGAUACAGAUGUGGACUCUGCUUAAAAGCACUGCCGUUUUCGGUUUUACUAUAUGAUCUUUUUGUACCAAAGGCAGGUCUCGACGUAUUUAUAUCUAUGGUAUUCUCAGGAUAAUAUUGUAAAUAUCGAAUUGAUAAUAUACUAUUUUUGAAAUGAACUGUGUUGUGUUAAAUUGUUUAUACGUUGAUUGCCUUUAUAUGUACCAAUUUCCCGUAACUAUGUGCACAAUUUCUUAGGUGCUUAAGAUUCUAUUCCAUAUGAUCAUCUUGGUCGUGGUUACUGCAGUGGCGUGCACAGGUUUUUAACUAAGGCAUGGCACUAUGCGUACAAGGUGCCCAUUGAAAUUAAGGCUCGUAUUGAUUUGUCAAGGUAGGCAGGGCAUUUGUGUUUCUGGACACUUGCAGUGUCUUUAAACUUGUUUUUGUCGUCGCAAUAUUUACUAAAUCCAACAGUUAACACCUACCAGUAUGAGUUUUUCCCCAAUUUUUCCAAAAUGUAUACUCAUUUUAUAAAGUAGGUAAGUAUGUUUGUUUUAUUUUGAUGUGUUGCAGUAAAAUUGAUAAAUUUUGUGUAUAUGGAAUGAAAAACACAAUGGAAAGUGCAAGGCCAUUAGCAAUCGGUCUUUUUGUCCAAGACAAAUUCCUGAGGAAUAUCUGUUCCUGAGGAAUACGAAAACAGAGAACUUUUUUCUUUAUGAAAGUCUUUUUCAGUGAAGAUGUUUGCAAAUGUGUCAUGGAUAUAUAAAUUCGCAUUUGCAUUUAUAAUUUAGUUAAGUUUCUAUUCUGUCAAAAUCACAAUAUUCAAUAUAAUCAUUGAUCUCUUAUAUUAAAAGGAUGCAGUAUAAUAAGUACAAAAUUUCACUUGAAAACUGGCCAAUUUUGCUUUGACAGCUUUAGACUUAUUGGUAAAGAAAAUUAUACCUAUAAGGCCUUUAAAUAUAGUUCAAUUUUGAAAAAAACACCAAAUUCAGAGCAAGUUCAACCUUAAGUAUUGAGUUUAAGGUUGAAUUUGCAAAUGUGACUACUUCAAUUGAGUGCCAAGAAUGUUUGGCACUUGCAUCCACUUUUUAAUAGGAGAUUGAUGAGUAUAAUAGAAUAAGCUUCAUAUAUUGAAUUUUCCUGGAAAGCUUUUACUUAUUAGAUAAAAAGUCUCGUAUAGAAGACAACACUAAACGAAACAGUACUAAUUCUUAGCUGAUUUCAUACUCUAAUUUUCUGAUUAUAAAUCGCCUUUUAAGUCAAGUCUCUUAAGUUGCGUGAUACAUUUUAUAUAGAAGUUUUACAUAUGCGUGUAAGUCACAUGAUGAAGCAGCAACUAUUUUGUAAGUCCUAAGGUCCUGAAAUUGUAAGUGCAUUUCUAUUUUCUAAAUAAAUGUUUCUAAGAUCUAAAUUUACGAUGGUAAAUUUUGAUAUUGUUAGUAUUUGUACCUUCUUAUUUAAAUACAUACUUGUAUAAGAAAAUAAUUCUAUAACUUAUUUAUAUUUAAGAAAUAGAAUAUUUUGUGUAAUGUAUAGUAGAAAAGUUAUCUUUUAAAUAUUUGUUACUUGAUAGGUAACUCCACUGAAUUGCUACAAUUCCAAAUAGCUCUUUGAUAAAAUGAAUUAGAUUAACAAUUAAUUAAUGUAGAUAUAAAUGGAUCGUGAUUCUUCUCCUAAGAGUUUUGCAACAGAAUAAAGAAUGAUACAUAAUGAGCAGCAGAUAUACAAGCAGCGCAGUGAGGCCGGUGAAACCCAUAAAAAAAGUCACGCGUCCUUGACAUCCGCUUAUACAAACUUUUCAUAAUUUUUAUUUCAAGAUUUAACUAACAACUAUUACGUAAAUAUACGAAUACCUAUAAAAAGUACUCCAAUCUUUACCUAUAAAAAAAUACUCCAAUCUUAUUUUUUUCGGUUUUUGUGAAGAGUUGUUAAAAUAUUUGAGAACAUAAUACGCCAUUUUUCUUGAAUAAUAUUGAAAAUUACUGAUGCAACAUUUCGUGUCGUACUGACUCGAGAAUGUAUUCGUUUUUGAAUUUGUAUUUGAAAGGCUGCAUCCCUGCCGCGUUUCUUACGCUCUAUCUGCCAAUUAUUCUUUAAUCUGCGCAAUUAGCUUGACUUUUAUAGGCCUCCGCUAAGAGUAGGUACUGGAUGGAGACCAAUGAACUUUAAAGCAAGAUAAUUUAGGUCAUAUUAAUUCAUCCGUUGCGUGUUUUAAACUCAAAUUAUCGAUAGUAACACAGAAUAAAGAUGAUCAAGAGUCUUUACAAGCAGCGUGGUGAAGCCGGUGAAACCCAUGAAAAAAUGACACGCGUCUUGAAAUCUACAUUUACAAACUUUUUUCUUCGUUUGUAUUUCAAAAUUUAACACUAACAACAAUAACGUAAAUUAAUAUAAUAAUCAAUAAUUACUAUUAAAUAAUACUCGCAUCUUAUUUCUUCAGUUUUUGUGAACAGUUUUUAAAAUAUUUAAAAACCUAAGACGCCAUUUUCUUGAUAAAUAUUGAAAAUAACUGAUGCGACGCUUCGUGUCGACUGACUCAAGAAUGUACCUAUUCGUUUUUGAGUUUUAUAUUUGAAACGGCUACUACAUCGUCGUGUUCCGUGCGCUCUAUCUGCCCAUUAUUCUUUAAUCUGUAGAUAGUAAGUAAUCUUUUGCUUAAGGUUAAUUGUCUUGUACGAGUAGAUACAGCGAAAUCUGUUUUGUCAUUGUAUCGUAGUUGGAAUACUAUGUGAAGAUUCCCUUUAUAGGGUGACCAGCAAAAUGAAAACCUUGAGUAGUACUAUGCACAGACUACUAAAAAGCACUUGUGGCGUCCUCAAUCCAGUUCCAGGUCCAAUCUAGGUUUUUUUUUAUUUUUCUGGUAAGGCCUAUUUUUUACCUGACCUCAAUACAUUCACGCUUUAGUAGUAAUACGGAAAAAUUUUAAGUUGCACAGAAUAGAGACUAUUUAUAGUCUCUUCUCUGUGUUUAUACAUAAUUCAUAUAAUAUUGCAAUACACACAAUAUGUAUAAUAAUAUAAUUAUUUAUUUAAUAUAUAAUUAAUUAUAUAAAUUAAACACUACCACUUUCUGAACUGAAUGUUUGAGUUGCCAGGUAAAAUAAAACACUUAUACAUUUUUGAUUUUAUACAACAUUAGGUUUUUUUUUAAUGUCUAAUUGUAUCGUCGUGAAGCAUAGUAAUAAAAAAAGAAAAUUAAUCUCGAUUUUUUUUCAAUUUUUCUUUUUGUAGAUACAAGUUAUUUAUUUAAAUGUAAAAUAUUUCAUCAGUGACAAAAUUAGAAUAAAUGUAAAUACGUG